AUGCAGCACGAUGAGGUCAUAUGGCAAGUUAUCAGGCACAAUCACUGCAGUUUUAUGGCCAAAAUCACAACUGGGAAUUUUUGUAGAAACCCAUAUAACAUAACUGGAGUUUGUAAUCGUAGCUCUUGCCCUCUUGCCAAUAGUCGCUAUGCAACUAUCCGUGAUCAUGAUGGUGUCUUUUAUUUAUAUAUGAAGACUAUUGAGAGAGCUCAUAAGCCCAAUGAGUUAUGGGAACGAGUAAAGUUGCCGAGAAACUAUGAGAAGGCACUUGAAAUCAUAGACAAGCAUCUGAUGUACUGGCCAAAGUUUCUUGUGCACAAAGCUAAACAGCGUCUGACAAAAAUGACUCAGAUGCGUAUUCGUAUGAGGAAGCUGGCAUUGAAAACAAGGGAGAAGAUAAUGACUACACCUAGAAAAGAGAUAAAGAGAGAAGCUAGAAGGGAGAAAAAGGCUGAAACAGCUGCAGCACUGGAUAAGAGUAUUGAGAAAGAGUUGCUUGAACGACUCAAUGGAGGACUUUAUGGUGACAUACAUAAUAUUCUGCCAAAAUAUUUCAACAAAAUUCUUGACGAAAAGGAACUGGAGGCUGUUAGCGAAGAGGAUGAAGAUGAAGUGGAACCUGAAAUAGAAUAUGUUCAAGGCUAUGAUGAUCUUGAAGAGGAAGAUGAUAUAGAAGAUUUUGGUGGUUUUGCAAUUGAUGAAUCUCUCAAGAAUAAUGAUGAUGGACCUGAGGAUGAAGAAGAGAUGGACACAGUUGAUCGUAAGAAGGUAAAGAGAAGAUCAGAGUCUGCUUAUCGAAAGGUGGAGGAAGAUGAAUCUAGAAAGUCGAAAAAGAAAGCAAGGGUUCUGGUUGAGGUUGAGAAUGAAGAUGCGUCUGAAAGGCAGAGGGCAACCUUUUGA